CUUUUUUAGUAGAAAAUAUUUGGAUUAAUUGAAUAGAUUUUGGUUUUAUAAUUUUAUUAUAAUGUUGCAGAAAGUAACAACAAUGGUGAUUAAGGUUGAUCUUGAUUGCGAAAGAUGCCGCCAGAAAAUCAAGAAAAUACUCUGCAAAAUUCCUCUAUGUUGCAGUCCAGAAAAGAUCAAGAAAAAGAUCCUUCGUAUGGGUGGUGCAUCAGUCGAAUGUAUUGAAAUUCUUCCGAAACAACCACCACCACCACCACCACCCAAAGAAUCUGUAAAAACCAAAGAUCAAAAAGACAAAACGCAGAAGCAUGAACCAAAUCAGGCGAGGGAUUGUUGUCAAGAAUGUUCUGAAGGGCGUCAUGGGGGGCCAUGUUUUGAGGUUUACAGAAGGCUCCCGCCUUCUUUUUAUGGACCACAAGUUCCAAUACCAUGGUACGAAGCUUAUGGACGGCAGGUGUAUGAUGGCUGGGGCUGCAGUGGCUAUCACUACAGCGGUUAUCACUACAGCGGUUGCCGGAGAGGAUGUUGUGUGGGUAAAUGGGAUUGCUUAAGUGAAGAAAAUUCGUGGGCAUGUAUAGUCAUGUAAAAAGAGAUGUCGGUGGACCUAGUUAUGUUAUGAUCUUUCGGUAAUUGCUUUCUUUCGUCCAAAUUAGGUCUAUACGGUAGAACCGAACUGAAUUAACAUUAAGAAAUCGAAAAAAAAAAAAAACUUAGUUUUAUAAAAUUAAUGAUGCUUAUGAA